AUUGGCCGCUUUAACACAACGCACCAAGUUGAAGCAUUUUUAUGUUUUAUCAACGAGAUUUAUCGUUUUUACUGUCUUUUUCUACUUUUAGUUAAAAGAUUUUCCAAUAAUUUCUUGGAUAGAGCUCUGGCUAUUUGAACCCUAGCUCUGUAGUUCUAAGAAGUCUCAAAACGUGAGUAUUAUUCGUGAAAUUUAGGUUACGUAGCCGACACCAUAAAAAAAUUUUAUUUUGAAACUGAACAUGUAGGUAACAUGACAGAAAACAUUCCACCAAAAAUGAAUGAACAUAACUUUUCUCAUUGCUUUGAGAUGAAUUAUACAUCACCUAAACAAAAGCCCCCUAAUAAAGAUAGAAAGGAAGAAAUAGAAACUUUAACCUUAGGAUCGUUUUGCCGAGCUCCAAUUGUCGAUUUCGGAUUAGUUAAAAAAGAUAAAACGCAAUCUAGAAGAUUACGGCUUAGGAAUAUUGAAGAAUUUGAGCAAAUCGUCUCAAUAGAAAAAUUUCCUUACAAAGCAAACUUCACAAUAAAUCAAAAAGAAGUUACUGUAGGCCCAUUAGAUACCCAACUUAUAUCAAUGUCGUGGACACCUUCCGCAGGAGGUAACGUUAGGGAGAAAGUUAUUUUUAAGUUGAAUAGUACAAUAAGAUUGGAAAGUAUAUUAUUGGGUAAAUGUGAGUCACCUGUAAAACCAAAGCAAAAGAAAAAAUUGUGGAAACUGCCUAAACCCCCGUCAACCCCAUACACGAAAAGUGCUGUAAAGGAACGGUUUCUACAAACGAAAGAAGAAUGUAGGUCUUCAUCAUUAUCUCCUAAAAGAACGACAAAACCUCCGCAGACGGCCUCAGCAAAACGAGAAGUGUUUCGUGAAAUUCAACGAAAUAAACUCGACGAUACUGGAGAGAUCGGAUUUAAGGAAAUCAAUACAAAAAUAUUUGACUUUGCUAAUCAGGUUCAGUCUACCCCACGAGAUACGUAUUUCGUCCCAAAAGGAACCAAUAUUAAACAAGAAUUACAGUUAAAGCUGUCUGAAGAUGAAUCUAAGCAAAAGUUAAGCCCAAAAAAGAGAUCUUCCGAUUUGUUCGACGAUAGUUUAAAGGAGGAUGAGGCUAAAGAGUUUAGUGAAGAAUUUCAUGAUUCUCUUAAUGAUGAAGAUAGCAGCACUAAGCAAUUGGUUAUUGGUCGAGAAACUGUUGUUAAAGGACGUCCUGAUAUGGAUAAUAUACCUAUUAUAGAUCACGACUCAGAAUCGGUAGCACGUAGGCGUAUUUUUCCCGACUUAACAGCAAGCUUAGAAAAAAAUUCUGUAACACGUUUAAAAAGAAGAGCCCGCCGACGAAGCAAAACUGUCACAAAAGAAAAACCAACUUUAGAUCUUUCGAUAAUGCAAGAUUCCUUUGAUUCUUCAAUGUAUGGCAAUGACGGCUGUAUGCUUGACAAUAGUUUGUUACAAAAGACACCAAUAAAAAAGAUUACAGAAAUUGAAAAACCUAAGAGUAAAGACGGGAUUGAAAUCUUAUCUGGUAACGUAAAUAGUACAAGAUUUACGGAGCCAAAGCAACUAGAUAAACCAUUGAAAAUUGAAUCUCUAAAUAAAACUGAUAAAGUAAUAAAACCAUUAAAGAAAAAUCUUAUGGCACCACCAAGGGUACUUCCUAAGAUGCUGGAAGAAAAAACAAAGAAAUCGAAUACUUCUCCAAAAAAAGUCAAUUUAUCAAGAUCAAAAACUAUUACUCUUGAAAAAUCUAUAGCUGUCAAAAGGCGUUCAAUUGAAGUAACUCCAUUGGAUAGCUCAAAAAAAUUGAAGCGUAAAGAAAUACAAACGUCUCCCAUUACUAAAAGAGGAAGAAUAAAUGAUUCGAAGGUUAAUUCGACUCUGUGUUCAAGAAUUAAGCCAGUGAAGGGUAUACCCCAGGCAAAAUUGGUUUUGUCAAAAUCAGUUAUGAGUACACCUCUACCAAAACACCCAUUGCCAUUUGUUGCUAAAAAUAUGUAUUACGACGAACGUUGGAUUGACAAGCAGGAAGCUGGUUUCAAAAGAUGGUUAAAUUUCGUUUUAACACCAUCUGCGGAGGAGCAAGUUGAUACAAAGAAACCUUUAGUUGAUAGGGGCCAGUUAAAUAUAACAACGAAUCAUGAGAAAACUGUGAAGCUAGCACCAACAAAAGAGAUGCUUUCGUUUAAGGCCUAUUCUGCUAGGAAGCAAUUAAACAAAUUGCGCAGAAAGGCCAUAUCAUUAUGGCAAAGAGAAAACGUUAUUAAAAUAUUACAUCGUUUAGAAGUUGAAAUAUGUAGUGAACGCUUAAAAAUCAGACCUGAUAAAAAAAUACAUGCUGAUUUAGGUCUGAAAUAUAAAUUAUUGGAUGUCUUUCUAAGCUAUAAUCCGUUAUGGCUAAGAAUUGCUUUAGAAACGGUUUAUGGGGAGUUGAUUUUGAUAAAUUCUAAUCAGGAUAUAAUAGGAUUAUCGAAGUUUAUUUUAACGCGGGUUCUGAAUUCACCUGAUAUUCAAAAAGAAUUCGCUCAUCCAAAUGUUCCUCACCUAUAUAAGUCAGGAUAUGAAGAAGCAAUUGCUCAGCAUAUAUUAAAGAAAUUCCUUUGUCUUGUCUUAUUUUUGGACUUGGCGAAAAAUGAGCGAUUAAUUAAUCAUGAUCCAAUCUUAUUUUGCAUUGAUUCAGAAUUCAAAACAUCCCGUGAUAUUUUACUUUACCUGUCCAAGAAUUGUUUACAAGGAGAAGGGGAUGUUACCCGUCAUCUGUCACACCUAGGCUAUAAAGUUACUUACGCGCAAAGAGCUAUUGAUGAGUAUAGUUUUGGCGUAACUAGCUUAGCAACAGACCUAAGAGAUGGCGUUAGGCUAACCCGUGUAAUCGAAUUACUAUUAACCGAAUUUACUUUAACGAACCAACUUCGUUUACCAGCUUUGAGCCGGUUACAAAAGAUUCACAAUAUACAGCUUUGCUUUAAAGCGUUAUCCCGGCACUCAGUUGAUUUAGAAAGUGACAAUAUAGAACCUAAGCACAUUACUGAUGGCCAUAGAGAAAAAACUUUAUCACUUUUGUGGAAAGUUAUUCUCAAAUUUCAGGUGGAAAUCGGCUUAAGUGAACAGCAGCUGCGAGAAGAAAUUAUUUUCUUAACGCGCCAUAAUUAUAUUCAAAGGCAGAUGGCAGCAUUAACUAACGAUCGAGAAAAAAUUGAUCUGGACGGAAAUAUCGUCACGUCUACUGGCGAUACGAAAGUGCAACUUUUAUUGAAAUGGUGUCAAGCUGUUUGCCUUUGUUAUAACAUUGAAGUAGAAAACUUUUCGGUUUCGUUUAGCGAUGGACGAGUGCUAUGCUAUAUUAUCCGACACUAUCAUCCUGCCCUUUUACCGGAAGAUGCUAUACAUAACGAAACGACGCAAAGCAUGCGUCCGGACAAUAAAUCUUUCGAUGAGGAUGACAUUGAUCUUAUUCUUUUUUUACCUGAUGCAGAAACAAGAUAUUCGUCGGAAUAUGAUAAAUUAUUACAAAAUGAACAAAAGAACUUCAAAGUUAUCAACCAAGCAGUAAGCGAAUUAGGAGGUGUUCCUAUGAUGCUUAAGACCUUGGAUAUAUCUGGUACGAUACCAGACGAAAAGGUUUUAAUUACUUACGUCAGUUGUCUUUGCGUUCGCCUAUUGGAUUUAAGAAGCGAAACCAGGGCAGCUAGAAUUAUACAGGCGGCAUGGAGAAGGCAUCACCUUGAGGGAAGAAAGAAAUAUUUACACAAACAACACAAUGCCGCUAUUAAAAUACAACAUAUAGUUCGUCGGUUUUUGAAAAAACGCUUCGAAGAAAGAAAAAAAAAAUCGGUUACUGUACUGCAAAGAUCUGUAAGAAGAUGGCUAGCGAAACGAAGAAUAAACGAAAUAAAGAGGGAAAAGGAUCGACAAAUUGUAGAAGAACACAACUGCAUCAGAGUAUACAUUCUAAGGAAGAAAUUAAGCGCCUUUAAGGAGAAAAAACGGAAUGAAGCGGCAACUGUAAUUCAGCGUUGGCUAUUAUCCGUUAAGGCUGCAAGAGCGGCUAGAUGUUAUUUUUUAACGUUAAAAUCGACUGUUAUCCAGUUACAAGCCUUAUUCCGGCAAGUUUCAGAGCGUAAAAGAUUCUUAAAGAAAUUGGAAGCAGUAACAAAAAUACAAAUAUGGUGGAGAUCUAUCUUGGAAUGCCGUAAAAACAAGCAACGCUUUCAAUUUAUUAAGAAAGCCGUCAUUAGAAUUCAAACUCAGUAUAGAUGCUACUAUUAUAAGAAAAGGUUUACACAGAUGAGAAAAUCCGCAUCUACUAUUCAAUUGGCGUUUAGGCGUUAUGUUGUUAAGAAGGAAGUAAAACGUCAGAUAAAUGCUGCUAUAUGCAUACAGAAACACUGGAAAAAGUUCUCUUGCAGAAAAAGCUAUUUACACCUUAAACGCAGCGUAAUUAAGAUCCAAAGUUUAUUUAGAUGUUAUCAUCAACGAGAGGUUUAUUUGAAAGAAUACAAUGCAACUUUAAUAAUACAGAAGCGGUGGAGGGCUUUCUUACAAGGGCGUAAACAAAGAAUAAAUUGUCAAUUGAAAAAAGCUGCUGUCAUAACAAUACAAAGGGCUUUUAGACGACAGUUACAGAGUAAUAAAGAAAGAAACGCUGCAGCUUUAGUUAUACAGUCCCAUUUCAGACGAUUUCUAUGCAUGAAGAAUUUUAAAUCUACAAAACGAGCUGUUGUGUUUAUUCAACGUCGAUAUAGGGCUACCCGACAAACAACUGCCUGCAUUAAAGAGUUUAGUCAGCUGAAAUUUGCAACUAUUCUCAUACAGUCUCAUUUUAGAGGAUGGCAAUGUAGGAAAAAGUAUAUUGCCUUGAGAAGAAUCGUCAUCUUUACGCAAUCUCUCUAUAGAAUGAAACGAGAAAGAAAGGAAUUUCUGAAGAUAAAACAGAAAGCUAUUUUCAUUCAAUGCACCUUUAGGGCGAGUAAGCAACGAAGGCAGUAUAUUGUACUGAAACGAGCUGUCGUUAAACUUCAGGCUUUAUUGAGGAUGCGAAGGGAAAGAUUACGCUUUGUUACACAACGAAAUGCUGCUGUAAUAGUGCAGAAAAAUGUCAAACGUUUCUUGAAGCGUUUGAAAUUUACUAAACUAAAAGCAGCUUGUUUAGUUAUCUCAAAAUUUAGUCGAAUGACAAUUUGUAGGCGUAAAUUUCUUUCUCAAAAGAGGGCCUGUGUUGUCAUACAAUCAGCUUUUAGGAGAUUUUCUUGCAAAAGGAGAUUUUUGACUGAAAAGAAAGCCGCCAUAGUUAUACAAAAAACUUUUAGAAUGCAUUUAAAGAAAAAGUUAUAUGAGAAAAUGAAAAGUAGCGCAAUAACAAUUCAAAAAAGAUACAGAGCAAUAAAAUUGAUGAAAUUGGCCAAACAUCACUUUAUUAGCAUCCGGUCAUCAUGCGUGAUUAUUCAAAGAUUUUGGAGGAAUUACGUAUGGAAACGAAACAGAGAAACGGCUGCAUUAAUUAUUCAACGAUUCGUUUUAACAAAUUUAAUCGCUAAAUCGUUUAGAAAUGAAUAUUUGGAAUUGAAAAAAUGUACUAUUAUUGUACAAUCAAUCUAUAGACGAUGGCAUCAAAGGAGAGAAUAUCAAAAUAUGAAAAGAGCAGCCGUUAUCAUACAAUCUAAUUAUAGGCGUUACGCUGAUAGGUGUCAUUAUGUCGAAUUAAGAGAAGCGACUGUUUUAAUUCAAAGACGCUUUAGGAGCAAAAAAUGUUUGAAAGAAGAAAGAAAAAGGUUUUGUCAAAUUAGGAACGGAAUAAUAGGAGUACAGCGAUUAUUUCGAAUUUAUUUAUGGAAGAAAAAGUUAUUAAGGGAAUGCGGUGCGACACUAAUUCAGAGAUGUUUCCGCAGAUAUAUAGCAAGAAAGAAUUUUUUGCGUUUUAAAAGUGCUGCUAUAUUAAUUCAGUCAAAUUGGCGAACAUUUGCAGCUAGGAGACGGUACGAAGCAAUUAGAAAUGGAAUUUGUAAAUUUCAAUUUCUCUACCGAACUUAUAUCUGUAGAAAGAAGUUCACUCAAGCUUUGCGCUCCUUAUCUCAACUGAAAUUGGAAGAGAGACAGAAGAAUGCGGCUACUAAAGUACAGUCAGCAUGGCGUAUGUAUGCUGCCAAGAAAAGCAUGUUAAUUAAAAAGCAAAAAGUAGUGAUAUUGCAAUCAUUUCUCAAAAUGUAUAUUGAACGAAAGCGUUAUAUUGCUAAAAAGAAUUCUGCAAUCAUUUUGCAAAGAUUUUUCCGAAACUACAUGAGCAAAAGAAGAGAGAAGAAUGCUAUCAAAGUACAAUCAAUCGUUAGGUGUUUCUUGGAGAGAAAAAAAUUCUUGGCGAUUAGAAAGUCGAUUAUUACUAUUCAGACACAUUUUAGAAAGAGGCUUCGACACCGAAACCUCCAGAGGGAAAGAGCCGCUCUGCAGAUACAAUCAGCCUGGAGGAUGCAUGUAAGAAGAAAUAACUUUAAGCGCACUAGAGACAGUGCUAUUCUUAUUCAAAGAGCAUUCCGAAAUUGGCAUAAGAAUGUGGAAAAUAGGAGAGCAUUUGUAUUGAAAGAAGCUAUGAGUGUGAAAAUCCAGGCAUUUUGGCGUGGUUAUAGAUAUAGAAAAAUGUUUGUCAAUUAUCGCCUAGCAGCAAAAACAAUCCAGUCACGUUUUAGGGCUUAUUCUGCCGGAAAAAAACAGCGAUCCCUCUAUAAAUCAAUGAAGAAAAGUGUAAUUCUCAUAGAAUCGAUUUGGAUAAGGUACAAAGAGAAACAAUAUAAACAAAAUCUGUGUCAUCUCAUGAAGCAGCAUUCGGCUGCCAAAAAGAUCCAAAAAUGUUAUAAAAGUUGGAAAAACAGACAAAAUUAUCUGAGAGUAGGUGCUUGCAUUGUCAUUCAGUCAACUUGGAGAUCAGUAGUUCAGAGACGUCAAUUCAUUAAACUGAAAAAAGCUACUAUUGUUAUACAAAAUCUUAGAAGAAGACGUUUGGCUAUUAGGCGCUCUAACGAACUAGAAAGAAAUGCUUUAGUUUUACAAUCGUUCAGCAGAAUGUAUUUGGCACGAAGGAAGUUGAUUAACUGGCGUCAAGCAGCGGUUGUUAUUCAACGAGCUUGGAAAGCUCAUAUAGUUUAUAAAAAGUAUCACGUUCAAAGAAGUGCCGCAAUCACUAUACAAAAAUAUCUGAGGAUGAGUUUCGCUCAAAAACAAUAUGGGGCAACUAGAACGGCAAUUAUUCGUUUACAGGCCUUUUUCCGAAUGUGUCAAGCCAGAAAAGAAUUCAAAGAGAUAGAGGAAAAGGUUGUAAUUACACAAUGUUGUGUCCGUCGCUUCUUAGCCAGAAAUCGGAAAUUAGCAAUGGAGGAUAAACUAAACUGUCAAAGUAGACAAAAAUUGAUUAUAGAAACUAACCAACGACACCUGGCGGCCUUUCGAAUACAGAGAGCUUACAAAAGAUAUCGUAAAUGUCAAGCACUAGAACGACAUUUGCCUGCCAUAAUUUGCUUACAGACACAUGUCAGGGGUUUCCUUGCUCGCAAACGAGUAGAGAGGGUAAAAUGGGCAGCGAAUGUAAUAAAACGCCACGUACGAGUGUGGCUUUUAAGACAGGAACGGGUAAAAAGAGACGCCGCCGCCAGACGAAUACAGGCAGUAGCUCGAGGUUAUUUAGUUCGAAGAAGAAAUAAAAAUGACAACAUAGAAACAGUAAGGGAACGUUUACAAAUUGCUACGGAAAAUGCCCGAGAAGAAAUGACGCUUGGACGCCGAACUCGAAGCGCAUUAGACUUUCUUUUAUUGUGUCGAGAUUUAUCAAGAAUAUUAGACUCUCUGAUCCACUUAGAAGUUUCGACUCGUCUCUCAGCCCUAUGUUGUGAAAAUUUGGCCCAAGAGAAUGCAGUCCCCGUAUUAUAUAGGCUGAUAAAAUGCUGCAAUAGGUCCGUGCCGCAUAUGGAAAUAAUCAAGUAUUGUAUAUCAAUCUUAGUCAACUUGGUUAAGCAUGAAAAAACGUCAGUUUAUGCCUGCUAUAAUGAAGAUAUGGCCGAAACAUUGGCGGAGUUAAUUUGCAUGUAUCGCGACAAGGGCUCAAUUUUUCAUAAAACAUGCUUGCUUUUAGGCUUAGCAGUACGGCGUUCUCAGACCGUAACGACGGCAAUAAGAACUCAAUCCCGUUUAUGCGAUCGGCUAAAAGCUGUCUACACUUUAAUAAGGAGGCGACAGAACUUGGAUGAACAGAGAAAAUUUCAAAAGGCCAGAUGUUCCCAAUUCCUUCCGCCUGUGAAGACUAAACGUCAGAAGCGGCCUUCGAGUUCUUCUUCUUGCUCCGCUUUUGAAAUACAACCGGAUUGGGUCUUAUCUCGAAGCUCUGUCAGAGAAAUUGACGAACCAAUAAUGGCUAUUCGAUUCGUAUUGAACUGUUUGGGAUUGAUCGAUUUGGACGAAGUUGUUUAA